UCUCGUCCUAGAGAUCUGUGGAUGCAGAACCGAAGGUCGGGAUCUUGUGCAUCAGAGCAGAGCUUCCUAGAGAUCUCAGCUCGGGUUGCGAGGGCUACGCGCGUUUGAGGGAUGUAUGGAGCGAGGCGGAGUCAUAAAGCUAUGCCUGAGGAGCGCUUUGGAGAAGUAUUUGUAUUUGAGCGAGGGGACGCGAGUCAGCAUAACAUAGAACUUAGUCUCCACAUCCUUUCGCUAUAUUUGUCAUUGUUUCUUGAGGAAGUGUAUAAGGAGAGCGAGGGUUGAACAUCAUGUGUCGCAGACGCCACCAGCAACAACAUCUCGACUACGGAUAUACCACUCAAUCUACAAACCAACAUCCUCGAAACUGCCACCGCUCUAGUAAACGAAACUACGAAUCCAUCCAACACUUCUCAGACAACUAUUACAGGCCCCUACCACCCCUCCCAAUCUCCAUCUCCACCUCCAACCCCCACCAAUCCCACCAACCUCGCCAUCCCCGCCGCUGUCGCCGAAAAGGUCCCUGUGCAUCAAUGGCUGCCCUCAUUAUCGCCGGUAUCGGCAUCGGCGCGACCAAGAUCCAAGAAAAGCGCGAGAAGAAGAAAGCUAAGAAAGCUGCGUUGGUGUGGGAAGAAGAGCAGAGUUUUGAGGAGGCGAGACGAGGGGUGUUGAAGGAUGCGAGGACAGUGAAGGAGGGGGAGAGGAGGAAGUGUGAAGAGGCUGGGUUGGAUGCACGGGGACAGAGGGAGGGAAGUGAGCCCCCGCCGCCGAGUUAUGAGGAUGCUGUUCAGGGUGUUAGGAAUUUGGGGGCUGGCAGGAGUGGCUAGGCGCGUUAAUGGAAAGAAGGGUGGGUUUUGGAUUUUAACACUUGGUGUUUAUGUUUGGGAACUUGGUAUUCACGACGUUCGCUUUUAGUGAUGAUGUUGCGUUGAGACGCUGGAAUGAUUUAUGAUUCAUAACUGUAAUUGCCGGUUAACAAAGCUUCUGCGCCACCAUUAUCGCUUUUCAUGGAACAUGACAGGGUAUUUUGCUGUAGAAACCAGAGUCUUGCUAACACCCUCAUUCCAGCAAGAGGCUUGACAGAAAGACUCUAUUCUGAUUAUGUUUCACGAUAUGCGACAAGGUGCUGACUUUAUCAGCAGCCUAAACGAUAUAUCCCCUCAAGAGUAAACUCUGAUAGAAUUAAG